AUGGCUGGAGGCGUCAAGAGAGACCGCGAUGGCAAUGCUCGUGCUAAGCCCACGCAGGAUUUGCCGCGGGGCAGAUUCCAUGCCAUGUUUGAGAACUUCCGAGAUGAGCUGGACGAGCAUUACGAUCGCAGGGAGCGCGUCAUCAAGGUGUCGAGAGACGUGACGGCGCAGAGCAAGAAGAUGUCAUGGCUCACUCUACGCAGGGUCAAAGAACUCAACAAGGAUUUCCCACAGGGAAUACAUCAGGAUGUUGACACACGCCUGAGCGAAAUCUCAAAACUGCUCUCAACCAUUACCGCCGAUGUGCAGUCCAUCAACCGCUAUCGCUACGGUAAUUCCCUGAAGUGCUUGGAGGAGCUCGUCGAGGCACUCUCAUUUGCACACUACCUACGGCACCAAAAGGUCAUCACACUAGAGGAAACGCAAGCAGCUACUCCCGCAGACGUCGUGCUGACACCGCACGACUACAUGUAUGGCCUGUUUGACCUGUUCGGAGAGCUGAUGCGGUUCGCAACGGUCACGACGGCGCAGUCGGGCCAGCUCGUUGGCGAUUACGAGAGGAACAUUCUCAGCGACAUACAGGAACUUGGAUGCUCAUUUGAGUUGCUACCUCAGAUGCCAACCAAGGAUUUUCGCAGCAAGAUGGAGGUCAUGCGGCAAAGCAUCAACAAGGUUGAGAAGCUGGGCUAUGGUCUUGUAGUAAGGGGUAGUGAGCGACCCAAGGGGUGGGUUCCUGACAUGAAAGAUGACGAUCCUCGACCUUCAUCACCUGUGUGA